CUCGGCCCAGCCAGGGGUGCUCCGCUGGCGCGGCGGGUCGCGUUCACACGCGCCGCCUCUCCCGUGUGCUGCCUUCACGUGUGAAGCGGCCGUCCCGGCAGCGGCAAACGCUUGCUCGCGAGCAGCCGCCGCCGCCGCCGCCUCCCCGGGACCGGGCAUGAUCCGCCGCCUCGGGCCGCCGAGCGCGCUGAGCCACCGCGGCAGCCUCCACCGCAGGCCGGGGCUCCUCCACCCACAGGGCGCCGCGGAGCCCCCGGCCGUGGCGAUGCCGCCCGGGUGGCUGCUGCAGAAGAGCCGCCGCCGCUGCUGCCCCAGGGCGCUGCUCAGCUGCAGGAAGAAGCACAAGAUGGAGGAGGAGGAGGAAGAGCCCGACGACUGUCCGGUGGGCAAGAAGAGGAUGACGGAAGCCGCGCUGGGUGCGGAGCGAGAGUGGGUCCUGCCCGAGAGCCAGGGUGCCCCUUCCCAGAGCCUGGAUCGCCUCCCCGGCCCGCUGGAGACGCCCUGUGAAGAAAUGGAGCAGGCCACGGGGGAAGCGCCGGGGGAGGCCGCCCACAGGAGGCUGCAGGAGAUCGAGGAGAGAAUCAUCGACGACGAUGACGACGGUGAGGAAUUGCUUGCAGAGGGGAGCGUGAGCAACGUGCCCACCCUUAUACUCUCCGACACGCUGAAAACCGGGCUGAAAAGGGAUUACCAGGAAGUUCUGACAAAGAAAAUAAUUGAGUCCAUGAGCCGUCCCUCCAUGGAGCUGGUGUUGUGGAAGCCUCUCCCGGAGUUCCUCACUGAAAGAGCGACGUCUGCUUCUGUUAAGAACUUCAAGCCGGGAGGCGCAGAACGGAGCCUCGCCAAGCUAGCAGCCCUCAACUCUGCCUUCCGCUCCCAGACAUUCCCUGAGCAGCGUCAACAAGCAGAGAUGCCUUCGCCUCCCCUCUAUGGUGCUGAGGGACUCAAUGAGGGGGCAGACGAGGAGAUGGAGUUGUAGGAGGGAAAGCUAGAGAGAUGCAAUUCCUUGCUUUUGAUCCUCCAGUCAUGCUGUGAUUGCAGGGGUAUGUGUAAGUGUGUGCGCACACGCUGUUCUUGGAGUGCUAACCAUAAAAACCCAGAGUGGAUUGUUGCAGGUCUGAGACAUGGGGAGGAAAAAAGAGCCCCUGAAAACAAGUGUGUGGCAGCUGAAGAUUGUGUGUGGUUGCCUGUGACUUUUCUUUGUUGCCUUUUUCUAGAGUAACAUUCUGGGUCUGGUUGUGUUUUCACUCUUUGUGUCCGCUGUGCCACAACUCUUGUGUUGUGCCCGGGGGCCUGGGACCCUUGGAAAUAAGAAUUCCAACGCUACACCUUGUUCUGCCUGGAGUGGAUUUUGGACUGCUUUAAAAGGAGAGGAGGGGUCUUAGCGGUUCAUAGCCCCUUAAACCUUGGGCUUGGCCUGGCCCGAAGGGCAGGGGAGGGCAUUGCAGCUCUCGCUGUUCCAACUUCUGGCACAAAGUGCCCAACCCAGCAGAGCGAGCCAAAACUUCAUUUAGACACACAGACCAGGAAGAGCAGGGCUUACCAUCUUCUAAACAGCAAGGAGCUGGGAGGACUUGCUUGGGAAGCGGAUGACAGGUAAGCGAAUGUAAUGUGAAUUGGCUGGAGGAAUUAGCACUUUGGCCAAGAGCCGCCUGAGCCCUACGUGCCCUCUGGUGCUGCUCAGGCUUUCAGAGGGCCUAUCGCAGAGCAGGGGCCACUCUAUUGUGGCUGUGGUGUGUCCCUGAAGAGGAAGGAGGUAUCUCUGGCUGCUGCUUUGAGCCCACUGGAGGCACGAUUAGAAACACAGACAUGGAGGGAGUGCAGACGUGUGUCCAAAGGCUCACUAGGAAAUGGCUUUUCUCAGGAAAAGCACAAGAUCCCGGAAUAGGCCUUCCAUAAAUCUGGACUUGCCCAGAAGGGGCGACAUCAGCAGAGCUUGCUCCGGAGAUCCACACCAGUUUUUCUUGUUCUGUUUCACUUACCUGAGAGGAGGUGCUCCAGAGACCCUUGAGGUUUUCUGUCUUACAUUCUGUUGCCCCAUUUUCUGCUGGUGUGAUUAUUAUUAUUUUAUUAUAUUUUCCCUCCUUGUCCUCCAUCAUAUGGGAAAUGAGCCUUCAUAGCUAAUAUGCAAUUUUUUCUACUUUGAUAUUGGAUGGAUCUUCAAAGUACUAUGAAAAUCUGGAAGAAAACCUUGUGUAAUGUUUACACCUUGAUUUUGAUCUUUGGCAAAGGUUCCUGUUUGCUUUUGUUCCUGAAUAACCGUGUUUUCUGCCAUGCAGCUGGUAAUCGCCUAUUCUUUUAACUUGCCAGUUAAACAAACCAGCUCUGACACAGUCCAGCCAGGAUGGUGUGUACUUGGCUCAGCUCCUGCCCUCCAGAAGCAACUCUUAAGGUGUUGGAAGACUGAGAUCAAGGCUUGGUCUGUCCUAGAGAGGGCCAGGCUGACACUUCCAUGGCUCACAUGCUGGGAGGAUAGCAGAGCCCAAGUGUCUGGCCUUAGUGUUGGAUCAGAUCCAUGUCCUCAAGAAUCGGGAGCAUCAGGCUGUGCCCUUUUCUAACAAGGCCGCUGCGGCUUAUUUCGGCGAAGCUUCAUUUUGUGAACAGUGACCUUGGUGAGGAAAAGGAGGAUGUUUCCAGUUCCCCAAGUCAACGCAUCCAAUCCCCUCCGUUUUCCCCACUGCAUACUUACAGCCAGUUUGAUUUGAAGCCAGGAAGGCCAGCCCUUGCUUGAUCCUGCCUGGUCUUUCUAGGGAAUAUUUAAACACCUGAGUUAUCGCUCAAGCCUAUUUGAAUUUUUUUUAAAAAAACGAAAUGUUUGAGUGGUGGAUGGGUGAGUAAUUUGCCAGUUUGAUUUUGUAAUUGAGGCUUGCCUCAGCUUCCUCACAGGAACAUGGAUAGCUCAGAAGAGGAAGUUCUGGGAAAGUUUUUGCUGGGCCGUUAGUUUGAAAUAAGCAACAUUAGAUUGUGUGGUCUGUCUUCUGUUGGACCAAAUCACAAUUUAUAUGUCAAAUAAACUUUUUUUUUAAUGUUUGUAGAA